UCUCUGAAGGCACACAAACAUGGCGUCGCACUUCAGCGGUGUGCUGCAGUUGACAGAUCUCGACGACUUCAUCACCCCCUCUCAGGAAUGUGUCAAACCUGUCAAAGUAGAGAAGAAACAAGGUAAAUCUGUGGCCAAAAUACAGAUAGAAGACGAUGGCAGUUACGUCCAAGUCAGCCAGGAUGGUGGGAAGCAGAAGCUGGAGAAAGCAAAGAUCACACUAAAUGACUGUUUGGCCUGCAGCGGCUGCAUCACGUCAGCUGAGAGCGUCCUGAUCACGCAGCAGAGCCACGAGGAGCUCUUCAAAGUGCUGCGUAACAACAAGGCCAAUGAGGCAGAGCAGAAGGUUGUGGUGGUGUCAGUGUCGCCCCAGUCCAGAGCCUCGCUCGCAGCUCAGUAUGAGCUCAGCAGCACAGAGGCAGGCAGGAGGCUCACUUCUUUCUUCAAAGGCCUCGGGGUUCAUCACGUGUUUGACACCGGCUUCAGUCGGACCUUCAGUCUGCUGGAGAGUCAGAGAGAGUUCGUGGAGCGUUUCCAGAGGAAGGAGCAGGACAGCAAGUCCCUGCCAAUGCUAACAUCUGCCUGUCCAGGUUGGAUCUGUUAUGCAGAGAAGACACACGGGGAGUACAUUCUUCCAUAUAUUAGCAGCACUCGCUCCCCCCAGCAGAUGAUGGGUUCUCUGGUUAAAGACUACUUUGCCCAACAGCAGGGGCUGAGUCCACAACAGAUCUACCACGUGGCCGUCAUGCCUUGCUUCGACAAGAAACUCGAGGCCUCGCGGUCUGACUUCUACUUGGACAAAGCAGAGACCCGAGAAGUGGAUUGUGUCAUCACUUCUGGAGAGGUUCAGAGAAUGCUAGAGGAGGAAAAGGUGUCUCUCAAUGACUUUGAGCCUGCAGCUCCAGACACAUUAUUCAGCAGUGUGUGUGGGGAGGAGUUCCUGAGGCAUUCUGGGAGUGGCUCUGGGGGUUACCUCCAUCACGUCUUUACUUACGCAGCCAAGCAGCUGUUUGGUGAGGAGGUGAAGGAGCUCACCUACAAGACGCUCAGGAACAAAGACUUCCAGGAGGUGAGUCUCGAGAAAGAUGGAGCUGUCGUACUGUGCUUUGCUUCAACAUACGGCUUCCGCAACAUUCAGAACCUGGUGCAGAAACUGAAGAGGGGAAAGUCGCCUUACCACUUCGUGGAAGUUAUGGCCUGUCCAUCAGGCUGUCUGAAUGGUGGCGGGCAGGUGAAGCCCUCAGCUGGUCAGAACCCAAAGGAGCUUCUCCAGAAGGUGGAGGAGCUCUACAGGGCAGAGCACUCCCAGCUGCCCCAAGAUGACACUCAUGUGGCCGAGUUGUACCAGUCGUGGCUCCACAGUGUCGGGGAGGAAAGAGCCAAAGAGCUGCUGCACACACAAUACCACACCGUGGAAAAGAUGACCAACGGGCUCACCAUGAAGUGGUGAUCAAGGUUUCUCUUCGGCUAACUGAAGAAUUCUAUUUUGCACACUUUUCUUCAAGCAGACGCUGACUACUGAGCCGUCCAAACACACGUGACCAUUUUUGUGUCCCUUCAGAGACGACAGUUAUCUGGGGAAAGUCGAAUAUGAGGCCUAAUAUCUGCCAAUAUGACUUUAAACCACUUUGUUCCUCGUCUAAAAGCUGCUUGCCUGGAUGUGGUGACAAACCAGGUGACAGAAACAAGACUGAGCAAAGCCAAAUGAUGUGUAUGAGGCGAUCAUUUGCUCUUUGGCUGCUGUUUGUCAUUUCAAACACACAGUAAUUAAUUCAUUUAUGUGUGGCACCUGUUACUCACUGAAAAAUAUGAGCAGAAGUAAUAUGUAAUCAUUCCUUGUUGAAUUUAAUGAUUAUUUGUGCAUAUAUUUUGAAAAAUAAACAUUAUUUAAUGGUAA